AUGCAGAUUAUGAGAGGCUCAGAAUUUUCAGAUGUACUACCUACUAUCAUGUUAAUGAGGGCCAAGAAGGUGAUAUUCUUAGGGUAUGCAAAGGACGUAAAAGGCUACCGCCUUUGGUGUAUAGAAGAUUCGAAGUUCGUGAUUAGCAUGGACGUUACCUUUAAUGAGAAAUCCAUGAUUGCUAAGGCGCCCAAGGAUAAUGGUGUUGGGACUGUUGGGACUACCAAGUCCCAGGUUAUUAAGAUAGAACCUAAGGACCAACCAGAAAACAAACGAACAGGCCCUAAUGGUAAAUCAGACUUUGUGACUGAACCCAUCCCUGAAUCUUCCUGGAGAAGUGUUUGGCCCAGGUUUUUGGAUGAAGGCGCAGGGAAAUUGAUCUUGGAACCUUUUGGCGGAAAAAUGAGCGAAAUCUCAGAAUCUGAGACUCCAUUUGCUUAUAGGGCUGGGUAUUUGUACAAUGUCAAUUAUUAUGUGGAUUGGAUUGACAGAAGCGAAGAAGAAACAAGAAAGCACAUGGAUUGGAUUUGUAGGCUCUAUAACGAGAUGGGUCCUUAUGUUUCUAAGAAUCCUAGAGCUUCAUAUGUUAACUUCAGGGAUCUUGAUUUAGGAAGUAAUAUUGAUGAGGGUAGUCUGAGUAGUAGAUAUUCAAAUGCCAAGAUUUGGGGGGAGAGGUAUUUUAAGGGUAAUUUUGAGAGGUUGGCAAAGGUAAAAGGAAGAGUUGAUCCUAGUGAUUUUUUCAGGAAUGAGCAGAGCAUUCCAUCUCUUGUGGAAGAGGAAAUUGUGGAGGAUAACAAGGGUAAAGUUGAGGGUGAGAGCUCAAGCCAUCAAAAUUUAUUGUCCAACAUGUUUUGA